UGACUGUAAUCUUGGAAAAUAUAUUCAACAAUAUCAUGAUAUAGAUAAAGAAUCUAGAUAAAGAAUGUUUAAUAUGAAAAAUACAGUUCUUGAAAAACUUAGCGAUAUACGUUAUCGGUAUAACUUCAAGUUACGUCACGUCGGGCUUCUUUUAAAGAUUGGUACUGGGAAAUAUUGAAUUACAAAACAUCGCGUGACGGCCAGCGACAGAAAGAUAAUAUUUACUCUCUCGUCACUUUCGAUUGUCGACUAAAAUACUCGCAAGUAUGAAGCGCCGGAUCCAUUAUAGAGUCUGCGGUGGCUUUUCCUAAUCUUGGAUAAGGGGGAAGGCCUACUUCUCUCGCCCAGAUACUUCGUUCCACUGUCUUAUUUUUGUACGCGUCCAACUUUACGCGCGUAAAUUGGCUGUGGAGAGAAUUCAUCGUUGUUGCAAAUAGAUCGAGCGUGACACGUGUACUUGCAUGCAUUCGGGGAUGCACUCUCAGGUGCCGGAGGGAAGAAAGCGGAUAUUCCCGGUAGUACGUGAAGUGGAUCGACUGUUCGACGGCUGUGUGAUUGAGAUCCUCUUCGUCCCGUGAGAAGGGAAAUCGCGAAUGCGAGGAUCAUGUUGCGUCGUGACGCUACAAGACCGUUUUUCCUGCGGCUGGCUGCCGCCCUGUGCAGAUAGUGAAUUUCCUUCCUGGGCCGAUCGUUGUUCCGGAAAUCGCACUGGUAUGCAGAGUAAAAUGCAAACGUUCACCGGACUCGCCUUCGGAAACGUGUUCAAGAAAAAGGCAAACAAGGUGACCGGAGGACCUCCUGUGGGCAACGCACCGCCUCCGCCUACGCUCAUCAAUAAAAUCAAGUAUCAACCUGGUGGACCUGUAAUCAAAAAGGAUAAACGGCAAAGCAGCUCGAGGUUCAAUAUAUCGAAAAAUCGAGAAUUGCAAAAAUUGCCGCUGUUAUCCGAAACACAACAGGUAAACGAACGGGAAGAACUUUUUAUACAGAAGCUACGGCAAUGCUGCGUCCUUUUCGACUUCGAAUCCGAUCCGUUGUCGGAUUUGAAAUGGAAGGAGGUAAAGCGUACUGCUCUCCACGAGAUGGUCGAGUACGUAACCAAAAACAAAAAUGUUAUUACCGAAGCGAUAUAUCCCGAAGCGGUAAACAUGUUCGCCGUGAAUUUAUUCCGGACGCUACCCCCAUCAUCAAAUCCUAAUGGUGCAGAGUUUGAUCCAGAAGAGGAUGAGCCAACAUUGGAGGCGGCUUGGCCACAUUUGCAGCUUGUCUACGAAUUCUUCUUGCGGUUGUUGGAAUCACAGGACUUCCAGCCAUCCAUAGCAAGACGUUAUAUAGAUCAAAAAUUCGUGCUGCAGCUUUUGGAGCUAUUUGACUCUGAGGAUCCAAGAGAGAGGGAUUUUCUUAAGACUACCCUCCAUAGGAUUUACGGAAAAUUCCUAGGACUGAGGGCGUACAUUAGAAAACAGAUCAAUAACGUUUUCUAUCGAUUUAUUUAUGAGACGGAACAUCAUAAUGGUAUUGCAGAACUACUUGAAAUUUUAGGAAGUAUUAUAAAUGGCUUUGCUCUGCCAUUAAAGGAAGAGCAUAAGGUGUUUUUGUUAAAAGUCUUGUUACCUUUGCACAAAGCUAAGUCAUUAUCUGUAUACCAUCCACAACUAGCGUAUUGCGUUGUUCAAUUUCUGGAGAAGGAUCCGUCGCUGACGGAACCCGUAAUUAGAAAUCUGCUAAAAUUCUGGCCAAAAACACAUUCCCCUAAAGAAGUUAUGUUCUUGAAUGAGCUUGAAGAAAUCUUAGACGUCAUUGAGCCAGCUGAAUUUCAGAAAGUCAUGGAUCCAUUGUUCAGGCAAUUAGCCAAAUGUGUGUCAUCACCGCAUUUCCAGGUGGCGGAAAGAGCUCUCUACUAUUGGAAUAAUGAAUACAUAAUGUCUUUGAUAUCGGACAAUUAUUCCGUCAUCUUACCGAUAAUGUAUCCAGCUUUUUAUAGGAAUUCCCGCAAUCAUUGGAACAAGACAAUCCACGGUUUAAUUUACAAUGCCCUAAAACUUUUCAUGGAAAUGAAUCAAAAAGUAUUUGACGAAUGUACAACACAGUACUAUCAGGAACGUCAAAGAGAACGAAAGCUCAUGAAAGAUCGAGAUGAAGCAUGGAUGCGCGUUGAAGCGCUCGCGAUGAGGCAUCCAAAUUAUAAUGUGGCAAAUAAAGGCACAACGAAUAACACCUCCUAUAUAUCACCUCAACAUAUAGAUAAUUCACCGCCUGACGAAGACGGUGAUACGGAUCAAACUCCGCUUACCUUGGAGAAAAUUGAAGCUAAAGCUAAUGAGGCGAAGAAAAUGACAAACGUGAACAAAGUGAAACCGCUUUUACGAAGAAAGAGCGAUUUACCACAGGAUUCGUACACAAUGCGGGCAUUAUCCGACCACAAACGCGCCGAUGAAUACCUUGUUACACCGCCAGAUCCUAAUAAUUGCUAGUCUCUACCACAACCACUUCCCAUGUAUCCUCUGUUUUGCUGUAGCAACAUCGGAAGUUAGUUUUCUUCUCUAGGAAAACGGCGAUAAGAACGCAAAUAAUUUGGCUGAGAGUCUCACUAUACGAAAUCAGUUAUGUAUUGUCAUUUCAAUAUAUAUCACAUCAUAUUUGCUUUUUUUAAUAGAAAAGAAAAGAAUCCUACUAUCCCGCCGCGCAUAUAUACGAUUCAAAGAUACAGUGUUAUAGGUACUCAUAGAAGCUUACAGAAAAAACUCGUUUUUUAUAGAAAUGCGUUGUAUUUAUUUCUUCAUUAUGGAAAAAAAACAUUGCGAUUAAGAAGAUGUGUAAUAGUAUCAUUAUAAAAGACGCGCAUGUAGUAAACAAAACAGGCUCUAAAUACAUUAGAAUCGCCAUUAUCAGAAGCAUUCUGAGGUGCUACCCUCUGCUAUGUCUCAACAGUAAGAUAAUAUACGAAUAAUGUACGUAAAUGAGAUUUAAUUGUGGAUACGGUUGUAAUGGAUUUGGUUCUAUUCUAUUCUACAAAAGAUUUUAUACACAGAUGAGAGAUAUGUAUGCGGAAAUGUGAUCGAAGAUAUACACGUAUGUGCUCUCGAUGUUGUAACCUGUAUUACUGCGCUAUGCGAGCUUGUUGUGUUAAUAUUCUUGCGAAUGAGGCGUUUCCAUUUAUGUGCAAAUGAUAUAUACAUAUAUAAAUAUACGUACUUGCUUUAACACUACAGGCUCGUUGUAGUAAGAAAAUAAACAUAAAUAAAUGAAGAUAAAGAAGAAAAAUACACGCCGGCGCGCGUUAUCUUAGGAUGUAUAUGAUAGUGCUAUUUUAAAAAUAAUAGAUUGCUACGAGAAAAUCUGGAUACUUCUGAGUGUACUACUUUUAUAUCUGUUGUGCCUAGAUGCCUGUGGAAAAAAAAAGAAUAUGCCUCCAUGUGGGGCCUAUACAUAUAUUAUGAACAGCAAGAUUAAGCAGCGAGUUUACAUGUCGCUUUGCCAAAUAUAAUCGAUAUUACAGAAUUUCAGUAACGCUUGCAUAACAUGUUGUGUUGUUAACUCAUUGAGCUUGAGAUUAAUUGAAAGAUUAUACUGUUGCGGCCCAGAGAUAGAAGAGAGAAGAAUAAAAGAAGAGACGAAGAAGGAAGGUUACAAUACAAUUUAGUCCUUGCGCUGCUGGCAGGUUGUUACGUUAAUAAUCGAGGAUACCUUGUUGAACAUAGAUAAGAUAAGCACUUAUAUUAAAUAUUAGAAAUUAAAACUACGAAGAUAGAUUUCUAAAAUUAUUUACUUAUUAAUUAUUCCUAUUCAAAAGAGAGGAAUGGCCA